AUGGCGCGUUUGCUCAGCCGAGUGCCGGAGCGGCUGGGCGAGAUGCUGCUGCCGUUGAUGCAGGCCAUGGCCGCAAUCCAACGGCACCAAUUCACAGACGCGUUCGGGGAGAUGCUGCAGGCCGCUAAUCUGUUUCUACCGGUGCUGCGCAACUGGGAGGGCACGUGGGCGCUGCCCCCGCUGCACGCGGUGGUGCACGACCUGCGCGUGCUGGCGGAGAAGGCGGACAUGGAGCAGAGGGCAGCGGGCAAGUCACCGGAUAAGCUCAAGGCAGCAGCGUCGUUCCUCAUGAAGGUCUUCGGCGCCAUCGCUGGCAAGGGCCCUAAGAAGGUGGGGUCGCUCUAUGUGGCAUGCCAACUCUUCAAGAUCUACUUCAAGCUGGGGACGUUGAAUCUGAGCAAGAGCAUCAUCCGUGUGAUUGACUCCUCCAAGGGCUUUGAUGACUACCCGGCCAGAGACCAGGUGACCUACAAGUACUACACAGGGCGCCUUGAUGUCUUCAACGAUGCCUUCCUGCUCGCAGAUGAGAAGCUUGGCUUUGCCUUGAGGCGCUGCCAUCGCUCCAGACCAUUCAACAUACGGCGCAUUCUGCGCUAUCUCAUUCCAGUGCGCCUGUCACUGGGUCACCUGCCCUCGCCUGAGCUGCUCCGCAACCACCAUCUGCAAGAGUAUGAGGGAAUCGUGCAGGCCAUGCGAACAGGCGAUGUGCGGCUGCUGAGAGACACACUCAGUGCCAAUGAGGACAGGUUCCUACGCGCGGGUGUGUAUCUGCUGCUGGAGAAGCUAGAGCUCCAUGUUUACCGCCGCCUCAUCAGAAAAAU